UAUAAAAGAAACGUUAGUUAGCUGCACCAAACGACAACUUGACUUGGCAACUUCAACCUUUGAAAAACCGCGUGAACAAGAUGCAGGACAGAGUUGUUUUAUACGGGAUUUUGGUCUCGUUUCUAAUAACAAAUCAAACCACCGACGCCAUACAGGCACGCAGCGACAAGGAACAGCCGCAAACGGUGGUCUCCGGCACGGCCGUGCAGUCAGUGGUCCCCGUACAGGCCCAACUUGGCUCUAGCUCCUCAUCAGGAUCGUCGUCCUCCAGCUCAAACUCAGCAUUCCACCCAUUGGGGCCGAAUGUGAUGUGCUCCUUUCUACCCCGUGACUUUCUCGAGUGCAAGGAUCCCAUAGAUCAUAGGGACAACAUCACAGCCAGGAUAGAGAAGGGCUACGGCUGCCUGCGCUUCGGCGGCUCCUCCUACGAAGCUGUGGAGCACACGAAGGUCCAGUGCACCGUCUACUCGGACAUCGAUUGCUACGGCGACCGCACCUUCUUCCGCGAGGGUGUGCCGUGUGUCCGCUACACGGAUCACUAUUUCGUCACCACGCUCAUCUACAGCAUGCUGCUGGGAUUCCUUGGCAUGGAUCGCUUCUGCCUGGGACAGACAGGCACAGCUGUGGGCAAAUUGCUGACAAUGGGCGGUGUGGGUGUCUGGUGGAUCAUUGAUGUCAUUUUGCUGAUUACCAAUAAUCUGAAGCCGGAGGAUGGCAGUAAUUGGAAUCCCUACGUGUAGGGAUAUCUUAGACUUUAAGUAAUUUUAAAAUACCAAUUAAUUCCAUUGUUUACAGAAACCAAGAAUAGGUAUCUGUAUCGAGAUAUGUACAUAUAUAUACAAGACACUAAUAAUAUGCAUGAAUAUGUCUAACACAUCAA